CUCUGGAGGUGCAGGCUUUGCUGUCUGGGAGUUUUCAUGGUCCCAGCCAAAGCCUGGCGCGGUGGUUGCUGGAGAGGAAGGGGUUAAGCGCCUGUCGCGCUCGGGUCGGGGCACAAAGCUCUUCCUUCCCUUUGUCCCAGCCGGGGACAGCGCUGCCGCUCGUUCCGGAGCGAAGGCGGCGCUCCGGUUCGGCGCCGGGAAGUUUGCACGGCGGUCGCUGCGAGAGCCGGGGGUGGAGAGCGACACACGCACACAGGGCUGUCACCCCACCCAACCCUCUGUGACACGGUCUGUGUGGCAGCCACCGUCCUCACAGGUGUCAGCACCAGCGCGCCCAGCUCCCACUGCUCCCCGUGGCUUCCCGAAGGGAUUGUCCCAGUCCGGGCGAUCUGGGGCGGAGACGUCCAGAGCCACGAGGCAAAGUCUGCACGUGUAAAUAGGAGCCUGUGCUGAGGCACCUCUCAGGCUGCCAUCACUGACCUGUGCUGAAGGAAGAGCUCUCAGACACUUCCUGGCACUGCCUGAGUGUCUGUAACAAAGUAAACGUGACUUGCUCCAUAAAGGGGUUUGUGUUCUAUGGCUGCAGAGUGCGAUGUUCUCAGUGACCACCAGGGAUUGUGCACCACAGUUCGCUUCUGUCUCGGUCUCUGGCUAUUUUUGACAUCCUGAAGCCGAGGUCAGGCUUUCAGCCUGGGCUGAAAACGUGCUGUGAUUCUUUGGCACAAAAAGCGGUCGUAGCUGGAGAUGAUCCCACUCAGCUGCAACUGCUGUCCCCUGUCUAGCUCAGGGAAUUCUCUUGCGCAGCUGAUAUUUUGUCUUUCACUCUCUCCUGGCAUCAGUGCCUUUCCCACAGAUCCACUGUGUGCUGCAAUAGGAUGUGUGGUUGGAUCGAGGCCAUUACAACUGUGUAGGAAACCAGCAAAAGAGCAGCCACCUUAUCUGCCCUUUUCCCCAGGGACACAAGAUUUGGGAGAGGAAGGUCUAAUCUAUUCUUAUAAGCAAGUUCUGGAAGAGCUGUGUACACUCAGAGAUGGAAACAAACUGAGGUAUCUUGAAGUGGAGUUUGAAGUGUGACUGAAGUGAUCAUUUUAGAAAGCAGAUUCUGCAGAUGCUGUGAGAGGGAGAUUUACCUGGUUAUUGCACCUCUUAAAUCAAACUUAACCUUGCAGGGCUGCUGCAUUACAUUUUAUGCUCUUUUUUUAGGCAGAGACACCAGCUGUAGGUGUUGGUUAUGGCUGCAGUGUAUCAAGCCCUGCACAGGAGAGUUUCCUCCCUUGCCUGCAGGUUGCACUCCACCUAUGUGAGAAAAAUGAGAUACUUAAAUCAGUUAAAGGAAGAUGACAGCCUUUGUAGACAAGCUCAGACCUCAGGAACUUUCUACCUCUUUCACAAUCUCUCCCCCUUCCUGCAGAAAGUUGGGAAGAAAUAUUUGGUACCACAGCUCAGUGCAGCAGAGACGAGACAGAUUCUGGGGAAGCUGCAGGAGGCCGAGCAGUGGAUGGAGAAGUCGGUGCUGAUCGGAUGUUCGGACGAGCACAGGCCGCACUUUGCGCUGGAUUUAGGAGCCUUGGAUAAAUCAGUCAUUGAGGCAGAACUGCAGGGAUCAUUUACUGACCUACGGAAGGCUCUCUUUGUCGUGGACAGGAAGGAUUCUCCUUUGCUGGCUUCAGCCCAGUCCCUCCUGCGGUGGCACGAUUCCCACCAGUACUGCAGCAGAACUGGGCAGCCCACUGAGAAGAACCCAGCUGGCAGCAAACGUGUCUGCCACGCCAGUGGAGUCACUUACUACCCUCAGGUGUCUCCAGUGGUCAUCACCCUGGUGUCUGAUGGGAGCCGCUGCCUCCUGGCCCGACAGCCCUCGUUUCCCCCGGGGAUGUUCACAGCUCUGUCAGGCUUCUGUGACAUGGGUGAGAACGUGGAGGAGGCAGUGCGGCGAGAAGUGGCCGAAGAGGUGGGGCUGGAGGUGGAGUCGCUCCGCUACUCGGCGUCCCAGCACUGGCCCUUCCCCAGCAGCUCCCUAAUGAUUGCCUGCCACGCCCUGGUGGGAGCGCAGCGGGCGGAGAUCAGUCUGGACACCCUGGAGCUGGAGGAAGCCCGUUGGUUUGGCCUGGAGGAAAUUGUGGAGGGUCUCAAGAGGGAGCCCAGCUCUUCCAAGCAAGAUGAUGGCAGUUUUUUACCCUGGUUCCCUCCCAAACAGGCCAUUGCUCACCAGCUGAUCCGUGAGUGGCUUCAGCAGCAGAGUGCCCAGACAGCUUAGGCAGGGCUUCAUCCACUCUGUGAUUCCACCAGAACUGUCAAAGCUCCACAGAAAAGAUUCCAAAGCUCCUGGAGGCAAGGACUCUGUCACAGCGAGGGCAGCACUCAGACACACUGACCUACAAAGGUCUCUGAACUGGUCUGACAGGCCCAUGUACAGUGGAUCACCUCUGAGAUCCCAUGGUUUGAAGUAAAUGUACAAUAAAAUUCUUCGUUCCAAAGCAUCCAACUUGUUGUGACCAGCUGUCACUGACCCCAAGGCACCAAUGCCCCAUUUUCAUCCAUUUUUUCUGUCUUGGGUGGACAUUGAAUGCACCCUUUUUCUCAGAACAAAAAUGAAGGGAGAGUGGCACUUUC